GCUGCGCUCACGUGACACGUGCUGCGUGCGUCGGCCUCGCGGGCUGGUGGGAGGAUUGAAAGCUCUGGCCAGUGCCCCGGUGCGAACGAGCCGCGCAAGGAGAGCCCCGACCCCUUUGCAGGAGCCUUUCGGGCUGAGUGUUCACCUGACCCGCGCCCCUACCCGGGACUUGGCUGGCGUCCCAGGCUCAGCCGAAGGGAGAAGGGCCGCUCAGAGGGGAAGGGACUUGCGCAGGUCGCGCGGCAGCUGGUCCUUAGGUGAUCUGAGGGGCGAGUCGCUGCAUUUGCCUUUGACUCUGCUCCCUGGUCUGCCUUCAUAUCUGUGCCUUUACCUAAAAGCUACAGAAAAUGAACAAGUCCCAGGGGUCAGUCUCAUUCACGGAUGUGACUGUGGACUUCACCCAGGAGGAGUGGGAGCAGCUGGACCCAUCGCAGAGGAUCCUGUACAUGGAUGUGAUGCUGGAGAACUACAGCAACCUACUGUCAGUAGAGGUGUGGAAGGCUGACGACCAGGUGCAGCGGGAGCACAGUGACCCCGAGGAGCAGGCGAGGCCAUUCAUAAUCUGCAAGAACCAAACCCCCACUGAGGAAAGAAGUGAUCUCUUUGAAAAAUCAUUCAAUCUGAGCACAGACUUUGUUUCUUUAAGACAAGUGCCCUAUAAAUAUGACUUGUAUGAAAAAACUUUGAAAUACAGUUCAGACUUACUUAACAGUGACAGCUAUAUAAGAAAGCAAGCUGAUGAGUAUAACGGAUUUGGAAAAGCUCUUCUCUAUCUAAAGCAAGAGAAAACCCAUCCUGAAAUGGAAUACGCGGAAUAUAACAAAAUUGGGAAAGCCUUCAGCCAUAAAGAAGCCAUUUUUAAACAUCAGAAAAUUAGAAAUUUGGUGCAGCCCUUCAUUUGUAAUUACUGUGACAAGGCCUUUUCCUUUAAGUCACUCCUCAUCAGUCAUAAGAGAAUACAUACUGGAGAAAAGCCGUAUGAGUGUAAUGUCUGUAAGAAAACUUUCUCCCAUAAGGCAAACCUCAUUAAGCAUCAGAGAAUUCAUACUGGGGAGAAACCCUUUGAAUGUCUUGAAUGUGGGAAAGCCUUCACCCAUCAGUCAAACCUCAUUGUACACCAGAGAGCACACAUGGAGAAGAAGCCCUAUGAGUGCAGUGAGUGUGGCAAGACAUUUGCCCAGAAGUUCGAACUCACUACACACCAGAGAAUUCACACAGGGGAGCGACCCUAUGAGUGUAAUGAAUGUGCAAAAACCUUUUUCAAGAAAUCAAACCUCAUCAUACAUCAGAAAAUUCACACGGGAGAGAAACGCUAUGAGUGCAGUGAAUGUGGGAAAUCCUUCAUCCAGAACUCACAACUCAUUAUACAUAUGAGAACUCAUACGGGGGAGAAGCCCUACGAGUGUACAGAAUGUGGCAAAACAUUCAGCCAACGGUCAACUCUUAGGCUCCACCUGCGAAUCCAUACGGGGGAGAAGCCGUACGAGUGUUCUCAGUGUGGGAAGGCCUUCAGCAGGAAGUCCCGACUCAGUGUCCAUCUCAGAGUUCAUAUCGGUGACAAACCCUGACCUGCAGCAGGUCGAACUGUGCAACACCCUCCCACCAGAACCCUUCCAGUUGGGGAGAAACCGCCUGAGGUCCUGAGGGAGCAUGGGAAAUCAUACUAAGAUACCAUCUAUCAGCUCAAAAACGCCAAAAUAGGGUCCCCUACGGACAGCGGUACUGAAAGUUAGAUGUGAUACCCAACUGAAGAACACAUACCAAGAAUAUCCAACUGUAAAUAGACAUGCUUAACUAUUACAGUGAGCUUUUUAAAACCUGAAUGAAUUAUUUAAACCUUGAAUGAAUUUAAGGAUGAAAUCGUCUGGGAAGCAGCAGAAAGGAUAUACAGACAGUGCCCAGGGAUAGAGUGGUUGUGUGCAAUUAUGCCACAAAACCACAAAAGUAUAUUUUAGAUCUGCCCGUGUGAAUUUAACGGUCAUUGGGAGUUUGAAAUUCCUCUAAUAAUUAGGACACAUCAAACAAGAUUUUCCGUAUUAAAUAUCAUGUGUUUUUUUUACAACUCAGUAUGCAUUCCAGAUGAAAUACAGAACAGAUUUUAAAGUAGCAUGUAACACUUUCUACUGCUUGCUGGCAUAUAGAAGUUGGUGUGGCCAUUGUUAAUGAGCUGCCUCUUACUAAACAGAGACAGUGGUGAAGUUCUAACCUGCUUCCAGGCUUGCUGAAGCAUUUCUACAAGCAUCAUUUACAUGAUUAUGCAAAUAUGAGAUAAUUAAGAGGAGGUUAAGAGUGAGAGGAGGCGGCUGUGGGCUGUGUUACUCAGGAUGCCACAGGUAAAAAUGGGCUACAGAGAAUAUCCACAUCCAUCAUGCUGGCAUUUUCUGCUGGCUGUUUACACACCAAUGCAUGUCAUUUACCAAAAUGUUGUGUAACCCAGAAACCACUUGUAUUUGUGUUUCCCCGUUUCUCUCUCUCUUUUUUUUAAAAAAAUAUAUUUUAUUGAUUUUUUACAGAGAGGAAGGGAGAGAGAUAGAGAGUUAGAUACAUCGAUGAGAGAGAAACAUCGAUCAACUGCCUCCUGCACAUCUCCCACUGGGGAUGUGCCUGCAACCCAGGUACAUGCCCUUGACUGGAAUCGAACCUGGGACCUUUCAGUCCGCAGGCCGACGCUCUUUCCACUGAGCCAAACCGGUUUUGGCUCCCCGUUUCUCUUAAUAUUUUAUGAAUUGUCUUGUAAAAAAUGGUAGGAUGUGUAUGCAGUGCACAAAUGUUAGUUACUUUUCAGAGACUUUAAAGGGAAGCUUAUUUUAAGAAAACUGUCACAUGCCUUGUUGCUUUUUAAAAUUUCUAUGUGCAUCGUCCACUUUAGAGAGACACUUUUGCACAUUCUGUUUAGGGGACCCACUUAUACUUCCUUGAGUUUCACUAACAUCAGCCUGAAACAUUUCCCUUUGGAAUCUGACUUUGUGAACCUUUCAUGGAAAGGCUUAACUUACACUAACAGUUAUAUAAAUUACACUGUUCAGUGAUCUCUCCAUCUAUUGUAUAACUCAGAGUGAUAUCAUCUUAGGCUUAAUUUCAGAUUCACCAAGUUCCUCGUUUUCCUCCAUCACAAAUCAUGCAUUAGAAUUGUAAAUGGCAACCGAAACUGGCUUUUAAAAUUUUUUGAAGACCAUUGAUGUGCUGUUACUAUACUAGUAUAUGAAUGUGAGCGACUCUGAACAAGCUUACUAAAACAUCCAUAGUCCAAUAAGUCUUUAAGUUGUCAUCUGAUCUACUAACAGCCAGGAAGCAGAGGAGGUUAAUUUCAUACUCUGCUGUUAGAGUAAACUGAGGGCCUUGGGGAUCACUGUGACCCUGUCUUUUAACUUUAAGAAUAUACAUAUUCUUCCACGCAGCACUCUCAUGAUUGGGAACCUAUCCCUGAGAAAAAACUAACGUGCCAGUACAUGAGAUUAUGUUUAUCAAUAUAUACUGUGUAUUUUGGUACGUACAUAAGGAAACAGUGUAAAUGACCACCAGUGGGAAUGAUGGAAUAAAUUGUGCGAAACGGAUCAUGGUUGAUGGCAUUCCACAGAAAAUGUUAGGAACAACUCCUCCAGGUCAGAUGAGGGCAGCAGGAGGGGAGAGAGUAUAUACCACAUUUUCUAAAAUAAAGAUCUAAGAACCUUA